CAGAAAAAUUAAAGAAAUCAAAAGCCGAGUGGACUCCGCGAGUCAUCAGCCUUCGAUAUUGAUUCUUCGUUCCCCCUUUUAUCAACCACAAACCCUAACAAUUCAUCUGCUUUUUUGAUCGCUGAUUCUUUUCGUUCGUGUCAUAUCCUAACAAUCUCAGUUUAUACUAUUCUGAAGGUUUAGGGUAAUGACGAUGUCUCAAAUGAAGCCAAUGGAAUUAGAAGAAGGAUGGAAUUUCAUGCAGAGUGGGAUUCAGAAGCUGAAAAAAAUAUUGGAAGGGCAUCCAGAACAAUUUACCUCUGAAGAAUACAUGAUGCUAUACACCACUAUCUAUAACAUGUGCACUCAAAAGCCUCCCCAUGAUUAUUCUCAACAGCUGUAUGAUAAAUAUAAGGAAGCAUUUGAAGAAUAUAUUAGAUCAACGGUACUACCAUCGUUGAGAGAGAAACACGACGAGUUUAUGUUGCGUGAGCUUGUAAAGCGAUGGGCGAACCAUAAAGUAAUGGUUAGGUGGCUUUCAAGGUUUUUUCAUUAUUUGGAUCGUUACUUCAUUACUAGGAGGUCUCUACCAGCUCUAAAUGAAGUUGGUUUAACUUGUUUUCGGGAAUUGGUUUAUGAGGAGACUAAGGGUAAAGCCAGAGAUGCUGUAAUUGCUCUUAUUGAUCAAGAACGAGAAGGAGAGCAGAUUGAUAGGGCAUUAUUAAAAAAUGUUCUUGGUAUAUUUGUCGAGAUUGGGAUGGGACAAAUGGAUUGCUAUGUCCAAGACUUCGAAACUCACAUGCUUACCGAUACUGCUGCUUAUUAUUCGAGGAAAGCAUCAAACUGGAUUGUUGAAGAUUCUUGUCCUGAUUACAUGUUGAAGGCUGAGGAUUGUUUAAAGAAGGAAAAAGAGAGGGUCUUGAACUAUUUGCACACAAGCAGUGAACCAAAGCUCUUAGAGAAUGUGCAAAAUGAGUUGCUGGUUAUAUAUAGCAGUCAAUUGCUAGAAAAAGAGCAUUCUGGAUGUCGUACUUUGCUUCAAGAUGACAAGGUGGAAGAUCUAACAAGGAUGUUUAGGCUCUUCUCCAAAAUUCCUAAAGGAUUGGACCCUGUUGCUAAUAUGUUUAAGCAGCAUGUUACUGCUGAAGGAAUGUCUUUAGUUCAACAGGCUGAAGAUGCUGCGAGUAACAAGGCGGAGAACGUUGGUGGUCCACAAGAGCAGGUGUUUGUCAAAAAAAUAAUCGAAUUGCAUGACAAAUUCAUGGCAUAUGUUACCGAUUGCUUCUCGAAUCACACAUUAUUUCACAAGGCCCUUAAAGAGGCUUUUGAGGUUUUCUGCAAUAAAGUUGUGGCUGGUUCCUCUAGUGCUGAGCUACUGGCUUCAUAUUGUGAUAACAUCCUUAAAAAAGGAGGUAGUGAGAAAUUAAGUGAUGAAGCUAUAGAGGAAACUUUGGAUAAGGUUGUUAAACUCCUUGCUUACAUCAGCGACAAAGAUCUUUUUGCCGAGUUUUAUAGAAAAAAACUUUCCCGGCGUUUGCUUUUUGAUAAAAGUGCAAAUGAUGAUCAUGAAAGGUUGAUUCUUUCAAAACUAAAACAGCAAUGUGGUGGGCAGUUCACAUCGAAGAUGGAGGGCAUGGUGACAGAUUUGGCUUUGGCCAAAGAGAAUCAUAGUCAGUUCAAUGAUUACCUUUCCAACAAUUCUUCGGCCAAUCCUGGGAUUGAUUUGACUGUUACUGUUUUAACCACCGGUUUUUGGCCGAGCUAUAAAUCAUCUGAUCUUAGCUUGCCUGAAGAGAUGGUGAAAUGUGUCGAAGUUUUUAAGGAGUUCUAUCAGACAAAAACUAAACACAGAAAGCUCACAUGGAUAUACUCUUUGGGAACAUGCAAUGUGAAUGGUAAAUUUGAUCAGAAAACAAUAGAGCUGAUUUUGGGAACUUACCAGGCAGCUGCUCUUUUACUGUUUAAUGGUUCAGAUAGGCUAAGUUUUUCAGAAAUCAAAACACAGUUAAAUCUUGCUGAUGAUGAUGUCGUUAGAUUACUCCAAUCACUAUCUUGCGCCAAGUAUAAGAUUCUCAUCAAGGAGCCACCUUCAAGAACUGUUUCUGAAACUGAUUAUUUUCAGUUCAAUUCGAAGUUCACUGAUAGGAUGAGGAGGAUUAGGAUUCCUUUGCCACCUGUGGAUGAGAGGAAAAAGGUUGUUGAGGAUGUUGACAAGGACAGGAGAUAUGCAAUAGAUGCCGCUAUCGUGCGCAUCAUGAAGUCUAGAAAAACCCUCAAUCAUCAACAACUAGUGUUGGAGUGCGUAGAACAGCUAGGCCGCAUGUUCAAGCCUGAUUUCAAAGCAAUCAAGAAGAGGAUUGAAGACCUGAUCACUAGAGAAUACUUGGAAAGAGACAAGGAGAACCCUAACGUCUAUCGGUAUUUGGCAUGAUCAUGAAAAGCCGCUGGCUGGUAUUUGGCAAAAUCACAUUUUGUUGCAAAGAAGCAAGGCUAAACAAGUCUUUAUGACAACCAAUCAAACACUGCAACUUCUUAUCAUGGGAACAUUGAUACGGGUCAAACCCAUUUUCUUUGUGGAUAUCUUUUCUUUGAUACUCGGUUUUAUUUUUGUGCAGUUGAGACAACAUGAAUCAAUUAGAUUUCAUUAAAAAAAUGCAAGUUAUUUUAUAAAAA